AUGACCAUGCCAUGGAUUCUUCUGCCUCUAUUUGCCCUUUUACCCCUUUCACUGAGCCGUCGAGAAGAAGGCGGCACCCAGUUCAUCACCUACAACGGCACUAUUGCUGGCCAUUUUACGCACCCAGCAUCUGCACCUCCAGGUUGUCCCACCUACUACUUUGACUCCCUCAGAAGCUCAUUCAUCGGCAUUGACGUGAAUCCGCCGUGGGAUACCAACCCCUUGUACUUUGACCUUGAACAUCGCGGUCAAGAGGUGGAUUCCUGCAUUCUUGUGGGUUGUACAGCCGACCCAAUCUAUAACCUGGUCUUCGCCACCGUGCAUUACCUUUGUUUCGCGGAUACCGGACAUCCAUGCGGUAACAUUGAGUAUGACUAUCAUUUUGCUCCACAAGAGGACCUUGAUUUGACCAAAUCGACGAUGGUCGAGUAUGACUGGGGAGACGCAGGGAAAGGAUACAGCAUUGCUGGAGACCAGUCAACAUUUCGCGGCAAUGGAACUCCCUUGAAUUCCUUUGACUUCCAACGACCCGAUAACUAUUCCUGGCAGCAGGGCUGUGCGGACGAGUUGAAGUUCCAGUGGAAUUCCACAACGCCAUUCACAUACGCAGUCAAUUUCACCAACACGACCGCCGAGGUACUGUUCUCCCUGACCGCUCCACUUGGUUCAGUGACAUUCUCCUUCUCCGGUACCCGCGUUGAUAGAAACAGCGCCGGCUCGCCAAUCGUGGAGCCAUACAACAACGGCAACUAUACCCCCAUCGCGCUGAAUACCUCAAAUCCAAUGGAGCCGACUUUCAACUUUAUAAACGGCUCGCAGUUCAUAUGGAAGAACUACUCCCAUGGAGAAUGGUCUGCUGUCGCAACGUCUGCAACAGGACUCUCCAUUGAUAAGAACCUUGCCCUGUGGUUGAAGUGGCUGUGGCUUUUGUUCAUGGUGGGGACUGGGGGCCUUCUUUCACUAUGA